GGGUGUGGAAGUUGGUAUGGAUUUCUUUUCAAACCUGCUGCACCUUGUACUCCUUUGUAUUUCCUUCUCACUCAUCUUUCUCAUCUAUAAACAAAAAUCAACUCGCGCCAAGUUUCCACCAGGUAAAAAGGGAUGGCCUGUGAUUGUGGAAACACUGGAAUUUGGCAUGGCUGGGAAAAGAGGCACACCAGAGAUGUUCAUUAACAACAGAAUGAGCAAAUACUCGCAGGAUCUCUUCAAAACCUCACUGUUUGGUGAGAACAUGGCUGUGUUUUGUGGUGCUUCAGGAAACAGGUUUCUGUUCUCCAAUGAGAACAAACAUGUCAUCUCUUGGUUGCCGCCUUUCUUGCUAAAAGUUACCCUUCCAGAAUCUCUUGAAAACAUUUCCCCUGAAGAUUCUAUUAAAAUAAGGAGGGCUGUGGUUGAAUUUCUCAUGCCGGAAACUCUUCAAUAUUUUAUACCUAUCAUGGACUCCAUGGCAAAGAAACACUUGGAGACAGAUUGGUCUCCUUACAAACAAGUUAAGGUUUUGCCACUUUCAAUCAAGUAUACCUUUGCACUGGCUUGUAGGUUGUUUAUGAGUAUCACAGAUCCCAACCAUGUGACAACAUUUGCUGAUCCCUUUGCCCUUAUCGUAGAUGGUUUAACGUCUGUGCCUAUAAAUAUCCCAGGCACAAACUUUAACCGCGCCAUUAAAGCAGGCAAAGUUAUUCACCAGGAGCUUUUAGAAGUAAUCCAACAGAGGAAGAAAGAUCUGCUAUCAGAGAAUAAUGCGACGGUUGCUCGUGACUUUAUAACUCACACGCUUCUUGCAUUAGAUGAGAACGGCAGAUCAGUUAUGAACGACUUGUUAAUUUCUAGCAACAUUGUGGGCUUACUUCUUGCUGGACAUGAUACCACUAGUUCUGCUAUCACAUUCGUGUUGAAGUAUCUAGCAGACUUCCCUCAUGUUUACAAUGAGGUCUUAAAAGAGCAAAUGGAAAUUGCAAGAUCUAAGGGCCCGAAUGAUUUGUUGAAUUGGGAUGACAUUAAGAAAAUGAAGUACUCUUGGAAUGUGGCGCGUGAGGCAAUGAGGCUAAUACCGCCUUCUUCAGGAACAUUUAGAGAGGCUAUAACGGACUUCACUUAUGCAGGAUUUACUAUUCCUAAAGGGUGGAAGGCAUAUUGGACUCCACAUUCAACACACAAAAAUCCUAAAUACUUUCCCAAUCCUGAGAAAUUUGAUCCUUCAAGAUUUGAAAGUAAUGGUCCAGCACCUUACACAUUUGUACCAUUUGGAGGAGGACCUAGAAUUUGCCCUGGGAGGGAGUAUGCUCGAUUAGAAAUACUAGUUUUUAUGCAUAAUGCGGUGACAAGAUUCAAGUGGGAGAAAGCAAUUUCGGAUGAAAAGAUUACUUGCAAACUAUCACCUAUUCUAGUUGAUGGUUUUCCCAUUUACCUUAAGCCUCAUAAUCAUAAAGAUUAGAUUGAGUUGGUGACAUGACAUAAUAAAUAUGAUUUUAAAUUAAUAUGAUAAUGAAUGUAAUUAGUAUUACUUCAACAACAUAAUAAAUAACAGUUUGGAUUACCAAUUUUUUAUGAUUGAUGACAUAUCAAUUAAUAAGUCUCAUGUAUAGAAUUUAUAAUAUC